AUGAAACUUCUACCAAAGGCAAUAAAGGGAAUGUCAUCAUUGAUCACACCGCUCACCAACUGCCACUUCAAAACCAGGCGAUUUCUCCGAAGGUUCCACCUCCCAAUCUCCCCACACCGGCGCUCCACUCGUCUCAACUGCCCCAUCGGCCCUUUACGACGGCAAAGUAUCCUUUCCCACUCCACAAUCACACCAAUUGGUAUUUCAAAAACUCGCCAAAAGAUACCAUUACUAACACAGAUAUUCUCGCCGCGGCAUGCGAUUUCCCCCACUUUUUCCCGCGAUAGACACGAAACUCUAGAUCUGCCCUUUCCCCUUGGCAUCUUCAAACCUGAGGACCCCAACCAGAGCCCAGAAGACCUCUUCCAGCCCCUUCCCAGCACCUUGGAAAGCCCAAGUUCACCCCUCUAUCAUGUUAACGACUUUACAAAGACCCUAAUCUACAUCGACGGCACGAGCAUCAACAAUGGAAGCCCGGAUGCCAAAGCCGGGUGCGGCGUCUACCGCUCGCCCAAUGAAUUACUGAAUAUAUGCCGCCCGCUACCCGUCGGCACAACAAAUAGUAGAGCGGAACUUUGGGCCGCGGUGUGCGCAUUGGAAUUGAUUGUUCGCGAACCUAUUGCCGCUGACGCGGUCACCUCUCCCACUGGCGUCGGUGGCGCUGCCGUGGACAGCUGGAUUAUCGCUAGUGAUUCAAGCUAUGUUGUCAUAGGGGCUACGAAUUGGGCUUGGAAAUGGCGGGCUGUGGGGUGGAAGAAGAAUGCCUCCAAGGCGGGACGGAAGAAGAAGAAUGCCUCCAAGGCGGGACGGAGGAGGAAGGAUGCCUCCAAGGUGGGGUGGAAGAAGAACGCCUCCAAGGCGGGGCGGAAGAAGGAGAAUACCUCCAAGGUGGGGGGAAUAGGACUGAGCGAGGGCUCGAUGCUGGGUGAGGGUUUUGUGCCGAAUGCAGACUUGUGGAAUCGUUUGCUGAGAGGGAUCAUGGAUGUUCAGGGGGGGGUCUUGUUCUGGUUGAUCCCGAGGAAGUGGAAUCGGGCGGAUGGGUUGGCGAAGCGCGGGGCUGUGAGAAUUUUUACUAUUUAUCUCCGUCUUUCUAUCAUUGUGGGGACUAACUAA